AUGUCACUGGAGCUCUAUCAUAUGGAAGAAAGCAGUCCAUGUCGUGCUGUUCGACUUGUAAUACAAGCUCUGGGUCUUGAUGUUAAUUAUACAUUGGUUAAUGUAUUAAAUGGAGAACAUUUAACUGAUGAGUAUCAACAACUAAACCCUCAGCAAACUAUUCCGCUAUUGAUUGAUGAUGAUUAUAAAUUAAGUGAAAGUCGUGCAAUAAUGUGUUACUUAGUGGAUCAGUACGGUGGUGAAGAAAAUCAACGGCUGUAUCCAACAAAUCCAAAAGCUCGUGCAUUAGUUAAUGCACGUCUACAAUUUGACGCUGGAAUUUUAAAUCCAUCAGUCGUAAAUUGCUAUUAUGGAUGGCUGUUUAGAGGACAAGAUGGUUAUGAAGAAGAGAAACACGAUAAAGUGAAGGAGGCAUUCCAAGUGCUGGAUAAACUUGUUGAGGGGCAUGACUACAUCGCCGGACGAAAUUUAACGAUCGCCGAUUUAGCUCUGAUCGCAACUGUUUCAACAGCCGAAACAGUUGGCUUCGGGCUCGACGACUAUAAGAACGUGAGUGAGUGGGCGGAGAGGGUGAAAAGUUCUGCCCCAGGAUACAGAGCUGCUAAUGAAAACUUGUUGUCGCCAUUGUCAAUAAAGCUCAGACCCGAGUUCACGAGAUAA